AGUACUCAAACACAAUAAACUAUCUUCUCCGAGUCUUUUAAUUAACGCGAUAAACUCAGAUACACUCCGGCACCGUCGAUCGUCUCCCGCCUGCAUACAAUCGCUAUGAAUUGCGUAGAAUUUCGACUCAAAGAGCUGGACGUGGAACACUUUGAGAUACGAGAGGUUCUGCGAUGCAUUUUGCACACAAUUUUUUUCCACAGAGCAUUAGGUCUGGUGCGGCCAAAGGACAUCGAUUUGGAACUUUUUGACAUUACAUAUGUUCAGUGUGGCGAUGUUGAUGUUGAGAAAAAAAUAGAGGAGAGGAUUGAUCACUUCAUUGAGAGGGUGGAGAAGCACCCCAACAAGAAAAAUGAGAUUUGUUUAUCAUUCUAUGAAGUGAAGAACAAGCAGGCAACAUGGUUUACAAACAAAGUUGAACGGCUCUACUGGGAACAGUGGUACAUCAAUCUGAAUGUUGCUCAGCACCACCCAAAAGCACAUUCUAACAAAUCUAAUCCAUCCAAAACAGUAGUUGAUCCCGGAGAAAGUGCACCUGAGGAGAGGAAUGCUCGAAGGGCAGCACUCGAAUCUUCUCUCCGCGAAGUUAUGUUUCAGAUUAUCAAAUUUGUAAAUGAAAAAAAGGACCAUGUUCCGUCGGUACCGAAUCUUGAGGGUGUCUCAUUUCCCUAUGAGAUCACUAUCUCAAGUUCAUCAGAUUCUGCAUUUGGGAUGGAAAUGUUCAAGAGGAUGCUCCAGACCGGGCAUCCAAGCAUUCUCAGUUGACAAGAAAAUGCCCCACUUUCCCACUUUUAUAAGGUAAAAUUGUUGUUGUUCAAGGAAGGCUUCAGACUUAUAUGCACAAGGUAAAGACUAUCUGAGGUUGAAAUUGGUGUAAUGGUUUUACGGUGGUGGUUAAAACUUCAAAGAGCACGAUUAGGUGAAGCAAAUAUUGUACAUAUAGCAUAACAUGUACUUACUUCUACCUAUAGAUCUCCUUUCCAUGCUUUGUUUCUAUAUAUCUCUAUACAGGGGUGUUUGCGCUUUAGAAUCAUGUGUAUUUUAACGGAGUAAUGGCAUACAAAGUUCUCGUUGGAUGGUCAUCUUUCCGCGUAUGCCAACGGAGAGGUCCGUUCGAGUAUGACCAUAAAAGUAGAGGUAAUUA